AUGAAAUACUUUGAUUUAGAUACUUUGAACUCUCGAAAGGAAUUUUUCGAUUAUGGCCCAAAAGAAAUUGAGAAUAUUUCACCCAAAAUACAGCUUCACCAUCUUAAAAAAAAAAAAUUAAAAAUGUCUGCUAGGGAAAUGAUGACUUUCAUUAUGUAUUUUCCUGUUAUGAUUGGAGAUCUCGUUCCUUCAGAUGACGUAGUCUGGAAAUUUCUUAUCAACUUUGUUGAAAUCAUUGAUAUUUUACUUUGUUUCGAGAUUGAUGAGUGUAAUAUACUGAUUUUGGAAAAUAAAAUUAAAACACAUAAUUCUGACUAUAUCACUUUAUUUAAUGAUACAUUAAAACUAAAAUUUCACAAUUUGACUCAUUACCCAAAUAUUAUUAGACAAUCAGGACCUCUAAGGAAGAUUUGGUGUUUCAAUUUUGAGCAAAAACAUAAACAGUUUAAAGUUUACUCACAUUGUAUAACCUCACGAAAAAAUAUAUAUUUAACAUUGGCUAAAAAGUAUGAGUUAAAAUUUGCAUUUCAAUUGUUAAAAGGGACAAGUUUUUUUAAUGCUAUUACUUCAAAUGAUAAUCAUCUGGUAGAGAGUAAUUUCAAAAAUCUCAUUAAUAAUAAAUUACCAAACGUUCAUGACGUUUCCAUCCAAUUUUAUUCACGAAUUUAUUUUAAAGGAGUUGAAUACAGACAAGGUUGUUAUAUUUCAGUUUUUAAUAAAAAUAUUUUGUUAAACUUGAUACAUGAAAUUGUAGUAGUAGAACGGAAGCAUGUUUUAUUUUUUUGUCAACAUUUAUAUAGUGUAAAAUUUGAUGACCAUAUACUUGCAUAUGAAGUAGAUCCUUUAAAUUUAGGUUCAUUUUCAAUGAUAGCUGCAGAUGAAAUAAUUGGACCACCUAUUCAUUUAAUUAGAACUGCAGAAGGCAAAAAAGUUAUACGAAUUAAAGAAUAUUAUCGUUGCAUUUAG